GUGUCGUUUCAACUUUUGCUUUCAGUCUGGUCCGCGAGUUCACGACGAAACAAGUGCGUUUGAAAAUGUUUGACUUUAAACCUUUAGAAUUUGACGAGGCCGACUCGCUCGGCUGCCCUGGAGCUCCCACAUUCGUCGAAGUCCAGCUGAAAGACUCCCCAGAGGACACAAAACCCUGCGUCCUGCCAGCAAAGUUCGUCGACUACGCCGACCGAAUCCGCAACUUCCAAGUGUACGAAGAUGACGUUUGGAUCGUGACCUUCCCCAAGUGUGGCACAACGUGGACGCAGGAAAUGGUUUGGCUGAUUGACCACGACUUGGACUACGACACGGCGAAGCAAGUCAACCUAAACUCGCGAUCGGUGUUUUUCGAACUCGGUGCCGUGGGUCACAACAUCCCCGUGGACACCGUCACCACGGUUGAAAACUUGCCCCGACCUCGCCACAUCAAGUCCCACCUUCCCCUUCCGCUGCUCCCCCAGCAGCUGUGGACCGUAAAGCCUCGCAUUGUGUACGUCUCGCGUAACCCAAAGGACGUGGCAGUUUCGUACCUGCAUCACUACCAAAUGAUCAUGGGAUUCCGCGGGACCAAGGACACCUUUCUGCGCCAGCUGGCGGCCGACAAGGUCAUGUACUGUCCGCAGGUUCAGCACGUGCUCGAGUUUUGGCGCGUCCGCGAGGACAGGAACGUUUUGUUUCUCUCGUACGAGCGCAUGAAGCGGGACUUGAGAAGUGUGGUGGCGCAAGUGUGUCAAUUUUUUGGCAAGGAGUUCACCGAUGAACAGUUGGAUACCCUGGCUGAGCACUUGUCGUUUGAUCAGAUGAAGAAAAAUCCUUCGACAAACAAUGUUCAAAUGACCCAAAAUGCCAUGCGGAUGAAUGGAAGAGCUGGUGAAAACUUUGAGUUCAUGCGAAAGGGGCAGAUUGGAGACCAUAAAAAUGAACUUUCUGAGGAGUUCAUCAAACUUUUCGAUGAAUACAUUGAACGCGAACUGAGUGGAUCCGACUUUCAGUUUGAUACUUGAAGGCAAAUGAAGUUCUGGGAAUAUUUUCACGAAAUAAAUUGAGCAAUUCUC